UAAAUUAGUGGAAGCCCCAAAAAGCGACAGCGGGCACAUGCGGUGGGCCCUCAUGUGCACAUGGCGCUAAAUAUAUUGCUCCCUUACAGAGCUAGAAGGCACCCCCACCGGGUAGGAUCUACACUGCAUCACAAAUAUAACGACCAGGAUGAUCGAUUUACAAAUACAGAAACAAAUUAUACGAAUGAUGUUCCUGCCGUUAGCGUUGUAUGUCCGAAAAUAAUUAAAAUUCAGGUACGGGGAAGAAAUAAGUUAAAGUACUACGAUUGCGAGAGAGGAGUUGCUUUUCUGUUUGUUGUCCAAUGGCUGAUUUCACAGCGAGAUUCUUUAAGCUAGGGUUUCAUCGUCAAGUACGGACGUUCUAAUUAAGGUAAAGCUUGCUGUGCUCCGUACAAAAGUUGCUUACAAUUCUCAGGUAGCUAGGAUUCUUGGCGAGAAAUAGGGAAAAAAGUGUAAAACAUUGAAAGCGGCAAUCAUUUUCUUUUUAUUCGGCGUGCUUAAAGAUUGGAGUUUAAAUUUUAAUUUCGAUAGCUGGACCGUCACUCAUGGUGAUAUUUUGGAGCUUUUUGCGGCCCUGAGUUUGUUCCGCGUUAUGUUUUUCAUGGAGUCGUUGAGCUAUGUUUAGGUUUUGGUUUGGAUGAGAUGAGAAGGAGAGGUUUGUGUUAGCAAUGGCGGCCAAUUAUGGCGCAGGAGUUCAGCAAGGGUCUUCUUCUUCAUUCAAUGGAAAUACUGUGAACCAGAGCGCUGCAGCGCCUUCGAAAGCAUCCGCAGGCAAUGGCAGUGGGAAUUCAGGCGCUUCGGCAGCACUUAAACAUGACCCGGGGCUUGCGCUGGAAUGGACUAUGGAGGAACAGAACAUACUUGAAGAGAAACUUCAACUAUAUGCAAAUGAAUCAAAUUUUGUCAAAUAUAUUAAAAUCGCUGCAGUUCUUCAAGAUAAAACUGUGCGGGAUGUUGCUUUAAGGUGCAGAUGGAUGUCAAAAAAAGAGAAUGGGAAGCGGAGAAAGGCUGAUGAACAGAACUUGACAAAGAAACCAAAGGACAGAAAGGAGAAAUAUGUGGAUCCCUCGUCAAAGCAACCUGGUCAUUUAGUUGCACAAUCAAAUAUGGUCACAUAUGCUUCAGCAAUGCCUUCCAUGGACAAUGAAGGAGUACUAUCAUUUGAACCAGAAAUUGGUGGUACAACGGGGCAUCUUCUGGAACAAAAUGCUAAGGCCUUUGAACAAAUUACAGCAAAUCUUGCAUCUUAUAGAAUACGAGAGAACAUCAACCUCUUCUGUCAGGCCCGAGACAACAUUUUUGCAAUUUUGAAUGAUAUGAAAGAUAUGCCUGGAAUAAUGAGUCAGAUGCCACCUCUUCCUGUUAAGAUAAAUGGGAGUCUUGCAGAUUCAAUUCUUCCAACACCAACCCAGGGUAUGCUAUAUGCAGACCAUUGCACUGGAUAGCUUAAAUAGACGUGAAGCCAGAAAUGAGAUGAAAGAUGGCGAUCUAUGGCAAAGGAAGUUUGACAGAGUCCUCUGUAAAUGUAGUGAACUCACAGAGCCAGUGCAUCUCUAUAUGCACGCAUGGCGACCAUGAGCAAUGUAUGCUCAGAGUGUUUCUUAAUUAUGCAAUUGGAGCAAAUGGUAUAUAGUUGGAAGGAAGGAACAGUCAGUAUUGUUGAAAAUUAUUGAAUUAAUGGUUACUUGUUGAGGUUGAGAUCUUGAUUCCCUGGAGUCAGUGAAGGGUUCUUGAUUGGAAGAGCUAAAGUUUUUAUUCUAUCAUGUAUAAUGGGUGCAAGCCAUCUCUGUACUGCAUGAGAUGGAAAAUGGUUUUAGAAAUAGCGAAUGAAGACAAUGUUCUCAUGAUGUCCACUGAAUUUUGUUUUAGUAAAUAUGGCACUUUUUGAAUCAA